AUGGCGGUCGCCCGGCGGCUCAUGGUUCUAGUGACCGGGGUGUCCCAGCGGCUGCCGCCGCUGCCGCCCCCCCCACCCCGGCGUCAGGGACAGUCGCGCGGCCUCUCGUCAGGCUGCCCCCGCGCCUGCUCCGACAGCGCCAAGGAACUCGACGAGAUCGAGGCGGCGGCGGCCGAACAGCAGCCGCCCCCGGCCCCCAGCGGGCCCCGGCCCGGGGCCGGGAACGGGAGCAUGGUGAACGCUUCUAGGGAUUUGUUGAAAGAAUUCCCACAGCCCAAAAACCUUCUCAACAGUGUGAUCGGAAGAGCCCUUGGCAUCUCUCAUGCAAAAGACAAACUGGUCUAUGUCCACACAAAUGGGCCAAAGAAAAAGAAAGUCACACUGCACAUAAAGUGGCCAAAGAGCGUCGAGGUGGAAGGCUAUGGGAGUAAGAAGAUUGAUGCUGAGAGGCAGGCUGCAGCUGCUGCAUGCCAGCUCUUUAAGGGCUGGGGCCUUCUGGGACCCCGGAAUGAACUCUUUGAUGCAGCUAAAUACCGAGUGCUGGCUGACAGAUUUGGUUCCCCAGCUGACAGUUGGUGGCGACCAGAGCCUACUAUGCCACCCAACUCCUGGAGACAGCUGAACCCUGAGAGCAUCCGGCCAAUGGGGCCGAGUAAUCUAUCCCGCUCAAUGGGCCGAGAGGAAGAGGAUGAGGAAGAAGAAGAGCUAGAGGAAGGGACAAUUGAUGUUACUGACUUCUUGUCUAUGGCCCAACAGGAGUCUCAUACUCCACUCAGGGACACAAGAGGGGGCUCCUUUGAGAUGACAGAUGACGACAGUGCUGUCCGAGCACUUACUCAGUUCCCGCUUCCCAAGAACCUUCUGGCCAAGGUGAUCCAGAUUGCAACCUCGUCCUCCACCGCCAAGAACCUCAUGCAAUUCCACACUGUGGGUACCAAGACAAAGCUCUCUACUCUAACCCUGCUCUGGCCCUGUCCCAUGACUUUUGUUGCCAAGGGGCGUCGCAAAGCAGAGGCAGAAAAUAAAGCAGCGGCCCUGGCCUGCAAGAAGUUGAAGAGCCUGGGCCUAGUGGAUAGGAACAAUGAACCACUGACUCAUGCCAUGUACAACCUGGCCUCUUUGCGAGAACUAGGCGAGACACAGCGUCGGCCCUGCACCAUCCAAGUGCCAGAGCCCAUUCUACGAAAGAUGGAGAACUAUCUGAACCAUUACCCCGUGGAAAAUCCUUGGAUCUCCCCGGAGCCUAGGCUGCAGAAUGAGGAUCCCUUGCACUUGAGCAAGGACACGGGGCCCCUGAGUGACCCUAUCACAGGGAAGCCUUACAUUCCUCUGUCGGAGGGAGAGGAGCUGCGGCUAAGCCAGGGGCUGUUGGAGUUGUGGCGGCGGCGUGGGCCUUCCUGGCAGGAGACUCAUCAGCUUCCUGUGGACCCACACCGGGAUACCAUCUUGUCAGCAAUAGAGCAGCACCCUGUGGUUGUGAUCUCAGGGGACACAGGCUGUGGCAAGACAACACGGAUACCACAGUUGCUGCUGGAACGUUAUGUGACGGAGGGCCGCGGGGCCCGGUGUAAUGUGAUCAUCACCCAGCCCCGCCGCAUUUCAGCUGUAUCUGUGGCCCAGCGUGUUAGCCAUGAACUGGGACCCUCCCUGCGACGAAAUGUAGGAUUCCAGGUACGACUGGAGAGUAAGCCACCGGCCCGGGGAGGAGCCCUGCUCUUCUGCACUGUGGGCAUCCUUCUGCGGAAGUUGCAGAGCAACCCCAGCCUUGAGGGCGUGAGCCAUGUCAUUGUAGAUGAAGUACAUGAACGAGAUGUCAAUACAGACUUUCUGCUGAUCCUGCUGAAGGGGCUGCAGCGGUUGAACCCAGCUCUGCGGCUAGUGCUAAUGAGUGCCACAGGUGACAAUGAGCGCUUUGCUCGAUACUUUGGUGGCUGCCCAGUCAUCAAGGUGCCUGGCUUCAUGUACCCAGUGAAGGAGCACUACCUAGAAGACAUCUUGGCCAAAUUGGGCAAGCACCAGCACCGGCACCGGCAUCAUGAGUCUGAGGAUGAGUGCGCCCUGGAUUUGGACCUCAUGACUGAUCUGGUUUUGCAUAUUGAUGCCCGGGGAGACCCAGGUGGGAUUCUGUGUUUCCUGCCUGGCUGGCAGGAGAUCAAAGGAGUACAGCAGCGCCUGCAGGAGGCCUUGGGCUCCUAUGAAAGCAAGUACCUGAUCUUGCCAGUGCACUCCAACAUCCCCAUGAUGGACCAGAAGGCAAUUUUCCAGCAGCCCCCAACAGGGGUGCGCAAGAUUGUCUUGGCCACCAACAUUGCUGAAACAUCCAUCACGGUCAACGACAUAGUACAUGUGGUGGACAGUGGCCUGCACAAGGAGGAGCGCUAUGACCUUAAGACCAAGGUGUCCUGCCUAGAAACAGUGUGGGUGUCAAGGGCAAAUGUGAUCCAGCGCCGAGGACGGGCUGGGCGGUGCCAGUCAGGCUUUGCCUACCACCUGUUUCCUCGAAGCAGGCUGGAGAAAAUGGCACCUUUUCAGGUGCCUGAAAUUCUGCGCACCCCCCUAGAGAACUUGGUGUUGCAAGCGAAGAUCCAUAUGCCUGAGAAGACGGCCGUCGAAUUCCUAUCCAAAGCUGUGGAUAGCCCUGACAUCAAGGCUGUAGAUGAGGCUGUGAUCCUUCUGCAAGAGAUUGGUGUGCUGGACCAGCGGGAAUUCCUGACCACGCUGGGCCAGCGCCUCGCCCAUAUCUCCACGGACCCUCGGCUCGCCAAGGCCAUCGUCCUGGCAGCCAUCUUCCGCUGCCUACAUCCUCUGCUAGUUGUUGUCUCCUGUCUCACCCGAGACCCCUUCAGCAGUAGCUUGCAGAACCGUGCUGAGGUGGACAAGGUGAAGGCACUAUUGAGCCACGAUAGUGGAAGUGACCACCUGGCUUUUGUGCGGGCUGUGGCUGGUUGGGAGGAGGUGCUGCGCUGGCAGGAUCGUAGUUCUCGUGAGAACUACCUGGAGGAGAACCUACUUUAUGCUCCCAGCCUGCGUUUUAUCCAUGGCCUCAUCAAACAGUUCUCAGAGAACAUUUAUGAGGCCUUCCUGGUGGGGAAACCAUCAGACUGCACCCUGCCCUCCGCCCAAUGCAACCAAUACAGUGAGGAGGAAGAACUGGUGAAAGGGGUGCUAAUGGCUGGGCUUUACCCCAACCUCAUCCAGGUGAGGCAGGGCAAGGUGACCCGGCAAGGGAAGUUCAAGCCCAAUAGUGUCACCUACCGGACCAAAGCCGGCAAUAUCCUGCUGCACAAGUCAACCAUUAACAGGGAGGCCACUCGGCUGCGUAGCCGUUGGCUAACAUAUUUCAUGGCUGUUAAGUCCAAUGGCAGUGUCUUUGUGCGAGACUCCUCCCAGGUCCACCCCCUGGCUGUGCUGCUGCUGACCGAUGGAGACGUCCAUAUCAGAGAUGAUGGGCGACGUGCCACCAUCUCCCUGAGUGACAGUGAUCUCCUACGGCUAGAGGGUGAUUCACAUACUGUUCGGCUGCUACGGGAGCUUCGCCGGGCCCUAGGCCGAAUGGUAGAGCGGAGCCUCCGCUGUGAGUUGCCCGCCCUGCCGCCAGAUGUGCAGCAGGAGCACAGCCAGUUGCUGGCCUUGCUCGUGGAGCUGCUGCGUGGGCCUUGCGGUAGCUUCGAUGUUCGUAAAACCGCUGAUGACUGAGCCCCUUCCCCAUUCCCCGUCCCUGGGGCUAUGUACAGAGCGCAAAUGUUUAUUUAAAUAAAGUUCUAUUUAUCCCUUGUGAA